CCAAGGCGGAGGUGCCGGGAGCGCGGAGACCACCAGCCCCCGGGGAAAGGCGAGGGCGCCCUGGGCGGAGAGGGCAAAGCUGAGCGUGUGUUCGCGCCUGAGAGCGGGGGCUGCGCGGUGCCCAGCGCGGACCCCUUCAGCCCCAGCCCCGGUCGCCGCAUCCCCGGAGCCUCCCCGCCUGCGCCCGAGGCACGCGCGGCACAGCCAUGAACACCAGCGAUGCUAAGGAGUACCUGGCCCGGAGGGAGAUCCCUCUCCUUUUCGAGAGCCUUUUGAAUGGACUGAUGUGUUCUAAGCCUGAAGACCCAGUAGAGUACUUGGAAAGUUGUUUACAGAAAGUAAAGGAACUAGGCGGCUGUGACAAGGUGAAAUGGGAUACAUUUGUCAGCCAGGAAAAGAAGACUUUACCUCCGCUCAACGGAGGACAGUCACGGAGAUCCUUCCUAAGAUCUGUAAUGCCUGAAAAUUCAAACUUUCCGUAUCGGCGGUAUGAUCGGCUCCCUCCAAUCCAUCAAUUCUCCAUAGAAAGUGAUACAGACCUCUCCGAGACUGCAGAGUUAAUUGAAGAAUACGAGGUUUUUGAUCCUACUAGACCUCGGCCAAAAAUCAUUCUUGUCAUAGGUGGUCCAGGAAGUGGAAAGGGUACUCAAAGUUUGAAAAUCGCAGAACGUUAUGGGUUCAAGUACAUUUCAGUGGGAGAAUUAUUAAGAAAGAAGAUCCACAGUGCCAGCAGCAACAGGAAAUGGAGUCUCAUUGCCAAAAUAAUUACAACUGGAGAAUUGGCCCCACAGGAAACGACAAUUACAGAGAUAAAACAGAGAUUGAUGCAAAUUCCUGAUGAAGAGGGCAUUGUUAUUGAUGGAUUCCCAAGAGAUGUUGCCCAGGCUCUAUCUUUUGAGGACCAAAUCUGCACUCCCGACUUGGUGGUAUUCCUGGCUUGCACCAAUCAGAGGCUCAAAGAAAGAUUGCUGAAGCGAGCAGAGCAACAGGGGCGGCCUGAUGACAAUCUGAAAGCUACGCAGAGGAGGCUAAUGAACUUCAAGCAGAAUGCUGCUCCGUUGGUCAAAUACUUCCAGGAGAAGGGGCUCAUCAUGACGUUUGAUGCCGACCGAGACGAGGAUGAGGUGUUCUAUGACAUCAGCAUGGCGGUGGACAGCAAGUUAUUUCCGAACAAAGAGGCUGCAGCAAGUUCAGGUGACCUUGAUUCUUCGAUGAUGUUGGACUCUGGAGAGAUCAUUGACACAGGAUCUGAUUAUGAAGAUCAGGGCGAUGACCAGUUAAAUGUAUUUGGAGAGGACACCAUGGGAGGUUUCAUGGAAGAUUUGAGGAAGUGUAAAAUUAUUUUCAUGAUUGGUGGCCCGGGCUCUGGCAAAGGCACGCAGUGUGAAAAGCUGGUGGAAAAAUAUGGAUUCACACACCUCUCGACUGGCGAGCUCCUGCGUCACGAGCUGUCAUCAGACUCUGAGAGAAGCAAAUUGAUCAGAGACACCAUGGAACGUGGAGACCUGGUGCCCUCCGGCGUCCUUCUGGAGCUGCUGCGGGAGGCCAUGGCGGCCAGCCUCCGCCACACCACGGGCUUCCUGAUCGACGGCUACCCUCGGGAAGUGAAGCAAGGCGAAGAGUUCGGGCGCAGGAUUGGAGACCCGCACCUGGUGAUCUGCAUGGACUGCUCCGCAGACACCAUGACCAACCGCCUCCGCCAGCGCAGCCAGAGCAGCCCGGGCGCGAGCAGCACCGCCACCGUGGCCCAGCGCCUGGAAGCCUACCACCGCGCGUCCAUCCCUGUGAUCGCCUACUAUGAGGCGAAGACACGGCUACAGAAGAUAAAUGCGGAGGGGACACCAGAGGAAGUUUUUCUUCAACUCUGCACAGCUAUUGACUCUAUUUUCUGAAGACAAAAUGCAUGUAUGUUAAGGAGAGUGAAGACAGAGAAAUAUAUUAAAAGGUCCAUACCUUAAUAUGUUUCAGGUUAAACCUUUUGUGUCCCCUUCCAAUCCUGACAUUGCUAUUUGCUCCCCAGCUUGACCCAUCUGAGGCGUCUGGAAACCAUGCAUGGUGUAUCUGGUAUCACCCAGCCUCUUCGUAAUUCAGACAGCUGUCUGUACUCACAGCACGCACACCUUCCUAUCAUACAGGCUGCACCUCAGAGGAGAGUUAAUGGACAGCAGUGCAGUGCCAGUCUGUCAGUUGUGCCCUCAGGACUUGCUAGAGUCUGAUCAUUUGGUUCUCUUCUCAUCAAAUAGGGAGUUAGCACCCCUAAAUUCCCCAUUGUAUCUUCCUCCCCCGCAAGUUGCCUGAUGAAGUCCCUUAAUUUGGGGGGGUAGGGGGGACCUUGCAAGCUAGGGCAUCUUCCUCUGGUAACUGUGGCUCAGAGCCAGAGAGAUUAAGUUGACAUGCCAAUUAUUAGAAAUCUGAUUCAAUUUGAAAAACAUAAAAAAUGUGAAACUGUACAAUUUUCCAAGACAGCAAAACCCAGACUAGUCACCAAUAACAUGUCUCUACUCAUUUUUAUGAAACUGGCUACUUGGAAUACUGUCAUAAUGGCUAAAAGAACUAACUGGAGAAAACUGGCCUCUCCUAUACCUGGUGGUGCAUUUUGGCAAUUAUACAUUAAUACCAAUGACCAAACGUAAUUUAAAAGCAUGAGGUGGUUUAUUAUUGCCAUCCACUGGACUAAUGUCAACUUCCAGUUUUGAUUUUAAAUGAUCACCUAUUUACUUAAUACUGUUGCCAAACAAGAAUUACAGGGACAGCAAUAAAACUGAUGUGGGUGGGAGGAGCAUGUCGGCACACAAUGUUUAACAGAUCUCGAUGCUGUAUGUGUUUCAUACGGGCCUUUUCGAGGGGUUUGCAAACCUUAUCAUACCCAAAUGUAAAAUUGUUUCCUUGCAUCAAACCAGUGAAGUCUGGGUUCUCUGUUGUGCUAUCGUUGCCAGAAUCAGAGCUUCUCAUGCAGUCUACCGGAAUAAACGCACCUUCCUCUAGUCAGUCAGUCACGACCAAAAGACCCUGGUUUCAAUUUGCAUGAUUUUUUUUUUCCCUUCGAUGGUUGUGCCGAUAAGAAUCCAUUUCUGGGGCAAAGCUGUAUUUUUAAAGUCGUCUUUUUUGUUUGAAAUGGAAAUGUACAAAUAAAGUAAAUGGAACACA